AUGACCGGGAAGAGGCCGUCGGGCCCUGGCAGGCAGCGCCAGCUGCUGGGCCUGCUGGUUGCUGUUGCCGCUGUCCACCUCAUCGCCUGCCCCUAUGCCAAAGUGGAGGAGAGCUUCAGCCUGCAGGCCAUGCACGACCUGCUCUACCACAGGCUGGACGUGGAGAAGUAUGACCAUCUUGAGUUCCCCGGCGUGGUCCCCAGGACGUUCCUCGGGCCGGUGCUGAUCGCGGUGCUGUCCAGCCCUGCCGUUUGUGUGCUCUCGCUGUUAGAAAUGUCCAAGUCUUACGCUCAGCUAGUAGUCAGAGCUGUCCUCGGACUCAGCGUGAUUUUUGGACUCUGGACUUUACAAAAGGAAGUGAGACGGCAGUUUGGGACCACGGUGGCUGCCAUGUUCUGCUGGGUGACAGCCUCGCAGUUCCACCUGAUGUUCUACUGCACACGGACGCUCCCCAACGUGCUGGCCCUGCCCGUGGUCCUGCUGGCGCUCACGGCCUGGCUGCAGCAGAAGUGGGCUCGCUUCAUCCGGCUCUCGGCGUUUGCCAUCCUCGUCUUCAGAGCCGAGCUGAGCCUGUUCUUGGGCCUCGUGCUGCUGCUGCUGCUGGGCACCAGGAGGGUCUCAGUGGCGAAGGCCCUGCGCUGCGCCAUCCCGGCCGGGAUUCUCUGCCUGGGACUGACGGUCGCCGUGGACUCCUAUUUUUGGCGCUAUCUCGUGUGGCCAGAAGGAAAAGUGCUUUGGUACAACACCAUCCUGAACAGAAGUUCCAACUGGGGAACCUCCCCCCUCCUGUGGUACUUCUACUCGGCGCUGCCCCGUGGCCUGGGCUGCAGCCUGCUCUUCGUGCCCCUGGGCCUUGUGGACAGAAGGGCCCUGGUGCUGCUUCUGCCAUCGCUGGGCUUCGUGGCUCUGUACUCGCUCCUCCCGCACAAGGAGCUGCGGUUCAUCAUCUAUACCUUCCCCGUGCUCAAUGUCGUGGCUGCCAGGGGCUGCGCCUGCGUGCUGAAUAAUUAUAAGAAGUCUUGGCUGUAUAAAGUGGGGUCCCUCCUCGUGAUAGGGCACCUCAUGGUGAAUGCCACGUACUCAGCCACGGCUCUGUAUGUGUCCCACUUCAACUAUCCUGGUGGCAUGGCGAUGCAGAGGCUGCACGAGCUUGUGCCCCCCCGGACAGAUGUCGUUCUGCACAUCGACGUGGCUGCUGCACAGACAGGCGUGUCUCGGUUUUUGGAAGUCAACAGCGCCUGGAGGUACGAGAAGAGGGAAGAUCUGCAGCCCGGGUCAGAGCGCAUGCUGGCCUACACGCACCUCCUCAUGGAGGCGGCCCCUGGGCACCUGGCCCUCUACAGGGACACACACCGGGUCCUGGCCAGCAUCGCAGGCACCACUGGGGUGAGUCUGAACCUGACCAGACUGCCUCCCUUUGACAUCAACCUGCAGACAAAGCUGGUGCUUCUGGAGAGACUCCUCCCCUCCUGAGAAGGAACCACAGUCCCUC